AUGCGCAAUCGUCGCCAGGCACAAGACCUCAUUCGAGAUCGGACCAAGAUAUAUGUGUCGAUGGCGGAUGACGGCCACCAGGUUUCGCGUUACAACCGGGGGGAUCUGACAUCUGCUGAGCGGAUCAUCGUGCUCAAACCAGAUCGACUCAAUGGCUUGGACAGACAUCCGAUGCUAUUCUCCAAUGUCUCAUACAAUACGACGCUCAAGGGAAUUUGGGUAAAUGAACGUUCACCCAACAUCUGCACAGGCGUACAACUCGAAAACGGCCACGACGCUGGUCACGAGCUAGAUCGAAAGAGCAGGAAUGUCCAGAUCGUCAUUUGGGGUCGUUGUGAAGGUGCGGCCAUGGCAUCGGGUCUGAACAGGAGCCUCGAGCAGCACCUCUUAACGGAUGUGAUCUCUAAACUCGCUCCUGACCGGUGA